AUGAUGCUGCAGUUCCAGGAAGAGAGCAGAAGAUCCCAGCAGCAGUGUGUGUUGUACAUAAAUGAGCUCUCAGUCAAACAAAGCUUCAUCAUCUUAGGCCAUUCACUGCCAGGAACCCUACAGAGGAGCUAUCUCAAGGCCUCCGAUACUGCACAGCUGCUGCUCAAGACGUAUGAGACACACGAGGAUGCUACAAGUAAAUUCGUCAGCCGGGAGCGUACUUAUGACUAUCUUUACGACCCAGUUUACACCGUCUCAUCAGAAGUGGAUCAUAUCAGGUCCAGUUUGAAGGCCUACACGUCAAAGAACAGAGUGCUACGGAUCCCAGAGUAUGGAUCCAUGUUCAGCAGUCUUCCUCACUACCCAAGAUUCCAACUUCAGUUGGACCCUACAGACCCAGUGCCAGACUUUAUUGAUCGUCGAUGGAGGGGCCACAUAGAUCAAUACAAACAGGCCUUGCAUCAACUAGCCGGGGUUGGCAGAGCUGCAUCUCCAUGGCUGCAGAAAGAAGAAGGUCGAGUGACUGGAUCGGAUCCUUGGAAAUAUUGUACACGCCCUCUGAUUCCAUAUGGACAGCAAUUGCCUCCAAAUGUUAUAUUUUCUUUGCCAGAAGAAGAGUGUUUUUUCCAUCUGGACCGAACCUCUUUGCAGCAGCCCACAAAGGUUACUGUGGCAGUCCAGACUGACUAUAGAGAGAGUGAGACACAAACGGACCCUUACAGCCCAGAAUAUACCAUCCAACCUGGGACAACGCCUUCUGAACUUUUGACUCUAGCUGUUUUGACUUGGGGUCAUGGACUACCUGCAGGUUUGGCAGAGGUAAAAAUGAUAGAACAUGUUAGAGCCAAGCGAGCUUGGGAGGCCACUCUUCCUCCACUGAACGAUCUUAGUCAAAUGGACAAGAGGAGACGUAUGAUGGAUGAGAUGGAGGCCAAAGAGUGGGCUUUUAGAGAGAGUGAAAUCCAGAAAAUAAAAGAGGUCCGUCUCGCUGUGCUGACUGACCUCCUGAAAAGAAGAGACCAGACUCAGCAGGAAUAUACACAUGACAGACUCAUGCAUAUCAAUCACAAGCUACAGAUGGAGAAAGAGUCCAAGAUGAAAAAGAUCAACAAUGACUAUUUUAGAGGAUUGAGAAAAGUAGAAAGAAAAUAUGGUGUUGUAAUGGACAAAUUAAAACAUUUCCACAACUUUAAAGAAGACCACAGCCCUCACACACACUCUUCAGGAAGAAAAAAACCUGAUGCAAAGUCAAUAAACUACAACUUUGAUAUUGAAGGUUUAACAAAGCUGGAAACAGCUUCAUCAUUUAAAUCCCCAGAAAAAAAUGCAAAACUGACUAGAAGUAUGAUCCAAAACUCUAGUCAGAGGGCGUUUCAGCUGUAUGAGCAGUACAGGGCUCUACGGAGGCCCAGGUCAGAGAGUCCAGUGGAUUGUCUUGUUAAGAUUGAGAAACCCUCUCCUCCACCGGCCACACCUGAAGUAGAGCAACCACCAGAAGGGAAAGAAGAGAAAGAAGCAGCUGUUGUUUACUUGCAGAAGUUACUAAGAGGAAGAGCCAUUCAGUAUGAGAUAAUUAAAGGUAAAGAAGACCACUUAGACCUGAUAAAAGAACUGAGAACAGUUCACGCUCUGCAGAGUGAAGAUCAGAAGCAACAGAAUGCUGAAAAGGACCGAAUAUUAAACCUCAAACAGGAGAGAGAUCAACAAAAUCGCAGGGUGGAGGCGUUACAGGCCAGAGCCGUGGACACAGAGCUUGAAUACAUGUUUGACACUUUGUCCAAAGACUUGAUCAGACUGCAGGAAGAGCGCCGAAUCCACGCCUUCACUCUCCUCGCUGAGAGGGACCGUUGCAUGCGGGAGGCCGAGGAGAGCAGGCGAAGACAGGUUGAAGAACGCAGAAGAAGAGAAGAAGAUGAAAUUUUCAGACAAGUGGUACAGAUAAACCAGGAGAGUGUAGAUCUAUACUUGGAGGACAUCAUUCUGGAAACCUUAGAGAGAGUAGCAGAUGACCAGGCAAGAAAGGAGAUCCACCAACUGGUCAAAGAGGUCUCUGAUGUUGCUUGGGCCUUGGAAGAAAGCCUGCAGUCUGAAACCAUUGUCCAUGAGCUAGUGUAUAACUUUCUCAUCCCAGAAGUGGCAAAGACUAGCGCCAGGCAACAAGCUAAACAGAAGCAGCAGAGACACUUACAAGCAGCUCGGACCAUCAUCCAAGGCACUUCUGGGGGAGUUUCAUCUCCCUCUGUCACUGUGGACCCGGGGGAAGAGACAGUCGCAGAGCCAGAACUGCCACAAACAGACACAAAUCAAUAA